AUGGCCGAAAGUGAGCCGCAGGAAUCAACCUACUCUAGGGAUGAGUUCGUUUCUGAGCUGAAAUCCUACUACGAUUUCCUGACCCAUCUAUACCUGCCUCCCGAGGUGGUCAGAUACCCUCCCCCGGGCGGGUGGGAACACAUCACUCCCGACUUCGUCGAUUCAUUCUUCCUCGGCAAGAACAACACAGUAGCAGACCUGAUGAGGCAUAUCCCCUACGUCCGUCGAGACAAGAAAGACGAUUGGGAGCCGUUCAAUAUCUACGAAAAGUCCUCUCAGGUCGACUUCGCCGGGGAGGUCGUCCUGAGCUUGCCCAACAAGUACGCUCACGAGGAACUUUUUGAGAUACCGAAGGAAGCCUACCCGCACGAGCUCCCGCCUCACGUCUUCGUCUUCGCUAUUGUUCCCGAGGGACGGGAUGGGCACUUCAUUCUCGUUGACACCGAACGCGGCACCAUCGUCCUCGUGGACCUCCAGACCGUCACGAAACCUACCCGACUAUCAGAUCCGUUCGCACCGGACGAAGAAGAGUGGCGCAGAUCCGCCACGUAUACGUUCCAAGAGUUCUUCGCCAUGGCUCAAGACAAGUUCAGGAGCUUCAGAAUGGUGCGUCGAUGUUGA